AUGUCGUUACAAAGUCCAACAAAAUCUCCAACUACAAAACAUCGUUUCAACUCUCAUUUAAAUGGUGAUUCAGACGCUUUAUCUUCUACAAUUCCUUCUACGCCUAUGACUAAAAAUGGUAUUGGAGCUAUUGAACAUUUAUUAUCUUAUUCCUCGACUAGUCGUUAUAAUUCUGUUAUAAAUAAAUAUAAAAAUUUAACAACAACGGUUUCAGCAGAUCAUGGAUUAAAGUCAACAUCGAAUGGUACAGCGACAGCUACCUCAAUAACAAAUAGUGCAUUAGAUCCACAAUGUUAUUUAUCAAAAUAUGUAAGUCUUAUUGUUGAUAAAUUUUGUUUUUAUUGUUGCAUGGUUCAAACAUUUCAUACACUCGAGCGGUGUCUAUCGUCAUCUAAAGGUUUGAGAGAUAAAGCUUCGCUUAUCAUUUUGUGCUACCUAUAAAAAAAAAUUAGCUCAUUUUUUUUCCGGCUCAUAUGAAAACUUGUUAUAUUUUGUCUUAAAAAUAAUAGUAUGCUUGUAAUUUGCAAAUUUUUCUCAGUAUUCAAUCGAAAAAAAGUUUCCAUAUGUAGCAACAAAGAAGUAUCGUCUAUGUUCUGUGAUUAAAUCCUAAAACGUCCCACCUCUAAAACUUAUAGCGUCCAACUGUACGCUACUCUGCUUUUGGUGUCUUUGCAUGUCAGUCCAUGAAAGGAUUCAAACCUGUUUUGGAUGGUUCAGUCCUGUUUUGGAUGGUUUUUAUUUCUCUGUCAUAUUUUGCAAAAUACUAAGUUAUGCUCCGGUUAUUGCCAAGGGAAGACUAGAUAUUUUGAUAAAUGAUACCGUAAUAAACGUGCAAAGAAUAUGUCAAUAAUGGUGGCAUCUACCAUAUUUGUAGUGAAGCUAUCUGUAUGUUACACCAUAUCCGUACAUAUCGUUUAGAUUCUAUUAAUUUCAACAUCUUGCGAUUUAUCAUUGCUUAAGAUAAUGAUUUGUGUUUUUGUAUACACUAAUAUCCACUUUGUAUUUAGUGGUCAACUAUUUGAUUUGUUAUGUCUGCAUGUGCUCGAUAUAACCUGUUGCGCUGUCUAUCAAACAAGAUAUUAGAGCCGUAUCAAAUACGGAAGAUAUAUGAUGUACAAAUGAUUAGUUCAUAUCCAGAAACUAUUAUGAUCAUUAUAGAUAACAUUGAAUAGAUAUGAAAAAAACAUUAAAGAAUCUGAAUGAAUUCAGUUACGAUAAUGAAUAUAUGUAAAUUUUGCUAGUAUUAAAUUUAUUUCUGUUAAUCCAAAUCCAAAAUACAAGCAGGAACGCCUCAAGAGUCUCAUACUAUUCUAUUCCCGUAUGAAAACGAAGGAAUCCUUGUGUGGGAUCAAAUAGACUCUUAUCAUAGGUAGUCCAGUAGUAUUCCUAUCAUACAAACAUUUGACAUUUUCUGCGAGAAAUCAUACACUAGAGAUGUGCACGGGUACCAUUUUCGUACCCGUACCCUACCCGAAAAUUUUUUUUCCACCCGUACCCGACCCGACCCGACAACUUUGUACCCGUACCCGACCCGACCCG